UUAAUAGCAAGGUUGUGACAACUUACCCCAUACUGUGAUUUUGUUCAACUGUUGCUUUUUUAGGGUCAGUAACAGUGGAAAUAUCCGAGACGUUAGAGUAUGUGUUUAUAUAGAAAUUGAAAAAAAUAAACCUACUCUGAGAAACAUUCACUGGAGUAAAAAAGUGACAACUAGCCCCAGUGUCCCCAAUUUGGUUCAGCUGAGAGGAAAUUUGUGAACUUCAGUUGAAUUAAAAGUUUUUGAGCUUGCACAAAGUCAGAGGAAAUUAUGCACCGGCGAGGGUUAUUUUAUGACCGAGGUUAUCAGCACAUCGCACUGGAGAUCCGGUCAGUCAAGUCUGAACUUGAUCCUCGUGGGGAACCGGACGACUGGAGUUCGUUACUGCUACAAACACAAACUGCAGCUAUUUAUAACCGCGCGCAGUACAAUUUACCAUUUGUGCCACCUGUGUUUGUUACUGUGAGAUGUCUUUACUGCGGAUGAACCGUCCUUUAUAUGGUGCGGGUAAAAGACCAGUGCGAACCAGGAAGGUGUCUGCUCUCAAGAAAGAAUGGGUGAGCACAGUCCACGAUCUUUCAGUGCAUAAAGCCACACCAGAGGAACUGGCUCAACAUCAUGAGAUGCACAGAUCUCAGAAUAGGGUUGUGGCGCAGUGGGAAUUAAAAGAAAAGGCUCUAACACGCAGACAGAGGAAAAACCAACCACCCAGUCCUCCAGGACUUGAUAGAGCCCGACUCAACAUCAUCAGAGAGGUGUUUUCAGAUCAGUGUCAGUUGCAGGAUGUCAUUGCACGGUCAGACAGAGCUUUGGCUAAAGUAAAAGACCUGUUUGGUGAUGCACCCUGUCGACGCACAGGAUUCCCCACCAUUACUGUGGCACCUGCCUGUGAUUCUGACUCUGAGCUUCCUGUUCAUCAAAAAUCUGAUCCUCCAACCCAGCUGUCAUUGCUCAGCCAGUCUAUGAUGGAUCAACAGGCCCUGAAUGAGUUGGAAGAGUGUGAAGAGGAACAUGAUGAAGUCCAGGAUGCCUCUGUGUGCCUCAGCUCUGUGAUGCACAGAAAAAGAAAUAAAUGUAGGUCAGAGUCUUUUCCAUGGGCCUCAGACUAUCCGGAGCAAGAGCUACCCAAGACACCAUGUAAUACUGGAGUCAGAGAAGACCAGGCAGCCCUCAACGCCACGGUGGCUGUACAGCAUUUAAAAUCCAGACAGACUCAUUCUGAUGUAAACCAGUCUAACUCACUAGUCAACCAGGUUCUGAACCCAGAGCCUGCUUCCUCUCAACCAGGUAUUAAGAGCAGGUCAGUUCAAGCCAGUAGGGGGCAUUCUGGACAUACUUCUGGUCUGAACAACUCAGGGUUAAGCUCUCUGGCAGGAAACCAGUCCAGUCUGGAGCUUCUGCAGAGCAUGCUUGAGCAAGUGGAGACUGAGCUAGACUCUCUAGACCACCAGAAUCCUCUACCAGAAGCUAGACUGCAGCAACAGAGACCAGGCCUCACCGGCUUUUCUGUGGCUCUAGUGGCGACACUUGGACGUCUAGCCAGUCAUAUUAGAAAAAAAGAAGAGGAGGCUUUGAGGGAGGCACAGGAGAGAAGACGACUAGAGGAGGAAGUGAAGGAGCAGAGAGCUUUGAUUGACGCCCUGACUGUGGAGUCACUGACACUGAGGGAAGAGAGCACCGCCCUGCAGGCGAGGCUGCAGCAGCAGAUAACUGACCUAGAGCGACGCCUAGAUGCUGUAGUCCUGGUGGUGGGAAGACCAGAUUCUGCAGAAUCACACACAACAGUGCAAAUCACAGACAACACAGCUCAAAAAAGCAAAAAUAUGGAGUCUGGCGGUACUGAAAAGGAUCUCUCCUCCUCGUCAAAGAGAUGGUCUGCCUCCCACAGCCUACCACGACCCACUCCUUUGCUGGACGAUCUCUCCCAGGAUGCCAUGCUAGGGGAGAUGGCUGAACUGACACAUCAGAACGCAGCGAUCCGGACCCAGUUGGGGCAGCACCGUCCAUCUCCAGCUGGAGCUUCAGUAUCAAGGGAGCAAAGCGCAGACCGACUUUCCACAACCAGUUCUAUAGUUAGACAAGUGUCGCCCUCUACAGAGCCACAGCACACACAGCAGCCUAUUUCUGUAGAGAGAUCCUCAACAAUGGAGAUUGAACAAAAACUGCAGGAGCUGAACCGCCAAAGUGCCGAAGCAAGAGCUAAACUACUAGAGCUCAUUGAACAACAGAAACCGAGUGCCUCCCUCAGAGUUUCCCCUGCCAUUUCCCCAGUACCUCCUCACUCCAGCAGCACUCACACAGUAGUUAGAGGGUUAACUCCAGAGCAAUUUUUGACACUUCCUGAGAGAAACCAUUCACCACAACCCAGUGCAAGUAGUCGAAGGUCAACUGGAAGACUCUCACCACAAAGUUUGGGUAGUGUGGAAAUCCAGAGCCUUGAGAAUCAGGUGGACAAGCUGAAAAGAGAGGGCUGGUUUGCAUUGUCAGCUCAUGUCAAAUGAAUUGAGCUCAACAGAGGAAUAUGAUCUAUGCAUAACAUCAUAUUUCCAUGCACAAUAGCAUUCCAAUACAUUUGACGUCCCUAGUUUGGUCUGAUCAAACAUCCUGACUGCAGCAUACCCGUGUAAUGCUCAUGUUGAGAAUGUGACGCCCAGUGGGCCCGUCUAUGCAUAGGAACUCAACACAAGGUAACAAACCAUGAGAAUUAAGUGAGUUGUUGGCUUGGCCAGAUCACAUCGAUAAACAACAGAUAACUUCAGACAGUUUGACCUAGUAUGACAUUUACUUGAAUCCUCAUAUGAAGUAUUUUAAAUAUCAGUGUGCAUGCAGGUGUACUGAUUGCCUGUUCAACUGUAUUUAAUGUAUUGGUUCUAUCUGUUUUUUAAGAAAUGG